AAGGCACCUCCGGCAGCGCCCGACCCAUGGGCCCCGCGCGCCCAUGGCAGGCGUGCCGGCCCCUCGGCGGGCGCGGCCCGCCGACGGCCCCGCCGAGGCGCCCUCGGCGAGCGCCCGUGGGGGCCGCGGCCCGCAGGUCCCGAGCGGGGCGCCGGCGGAGGAGGGCGCAGCCGCGCGCGGCGGCGUCGGCUGCGGGCGCUCGCGGGAUGCGGAGGCGCUGCGCGAGCUCGGGGAGAAGCUGGUGGCACUGGCCGCGGAGACCCGUGGAAGGCAGCCCCGCGGGAGGAUCUGAGCCCGAGCUCGGGCCGAAGCACCACCGACGAGGCCCCCCCCGCGGCGCCCCCGUCGAGCGGCGGCUGCGACAGCCCAGGCCUGGCCUCCGGGUGGGCGCCGCAGGAGGAGUUAUCCCCGUGGCAGGCCCAAGGGAACGGAGAGCCGCCUUGGGAGCUGGCCAGCGCGUGCAGGCGCGCGGAAGGCGGGCCGGGCCCCUCUGGCGGACCGCCGGCGGAGGAGGCCUCAUCGUCGCAGGCCCCGCGAAGCACAGAGCCACCGUCGGAGCUGGCCAGCCUGUCCGGGCGCGCGGGAGGCCUGUCGGAUUUGGACGAGCCGUCCAUCGUGUACUUGGCGCUGAGGGCGUUGUGGAGGAUGUCCCUGUUGUGGGCGCGCAGCUUCGACGAAUGA